AUCUCGAACGUUUUCAAUCGGUUCAAUCUUAUUUGUGUGAUAUUUGUUUUAUUUGAAAGUGUUGACGUUUUGCUGAUAAGUAGUGAGCGAUCACAUGACUUGAGAGUAUGCUUCAGCCUGACUGUAAACAACAUGGCGGACGGUUAAAUCGAUACUUGUAAAUAAAACGCCUAAAUUUGCACAAUGUCCGGUUCAAGCCCCACUAAAGAGGCACUAAGCAUCGUUGAUAAGUUGAAAGUUUGUAUUCUGAAGCAAGACCAAAUCAUUCGCCACAAAGAUGCCGAGAUCAAUGCACUUCAAUUUAGAGUUGCUUUGUUAGAGAAGGAAAGAGCGGAACUGAAACGACAACUUUUGAAUGAGAAAGGGGUCGACUUAACGGCAGUGAACUGUGCUAUCGUGGAUCUAGAAGAUAAAGACUCCAGGACAAAAGAAAUGAGUAAAAUACAAGACAGUUCAUCUCCURCUAUUGUUGUUAUGGGUGAGACAACAUCACGAGGGAGCCUGAAAUCCAAAAUAAGAGAAGCAAAUGUCAAAAGAAAUGACAGCAUCAAUCGGUCCAAGUCUUUUAACAAAAAAUAUGAACUAUCACCUGAUUUACAGGAGAGAAGUGUUAUGUUACUUGAAAAAAAAUAUGGUGGCAAGGAAAAAGCUCACCAUGCAGCUACUGUAAUUCAAAGUUACUACAGAAAAUACACUAUGGAUAAGAGGUUUAAAAGAAUAAGAGCUUACACUGAGACACCAGAAAAGGCUUUACAAACUGAUGGAUCACAUGUUCAAACUACUCCGGUAUUAAGACUUGUAAAAAGGCAUACUGCUGAUAGAAAUAACAGAGUUCGCUCAACAUUGAUUAUUGAUAAUAUUACUCCAUAUACCCCAAGUGGUCAGUUGAACUUAGCCAGGCAUUUUGAAUCUGUGAAGGGUGAACAAAAGCCUGCGAUGGACAAUGACAGUGAUGAUGAAGGACAGACUGUCAGUGUCACUGAGAACUACAUGAAAGUUGAAGUAGUGGAUCGUAUUGCCAAAACUCCAAGCAUAACUAUUGAAAACGAAGGUAUCACGUAUGUAAAUGGGGAAAUACCUCRCCAACAAAAACUAUCCAAUACGUCACUGGAAGAAGGUGAUGAAGUGUUUGGGACAGAUUACAGUAAAGCACAUGAUAAUUCAAGUGUCGACAGCCUUGAUGGUGCAUGUACAUCACGUACUGAGGAAGAUAACGUUAGUGUUUCAUCUGAAUUUGAAACUAUUCCUACUGAGUACCUUAAACCACAAAAACUAGAGAUGAGGAUAGGAAUUAACCAUUUUAAUAGGAAACCAGAGAAAGGAAUUGAUUAUCUUAUUUCACAUCAAGUUAUUGAAGAUAACCCACAGUUAGUUGCAAAGUUUCUGAUAUCAGAACAUGGAAUCAGCAAACAGAGACUUGGUGAAUACUUGGGCAAUAUUCAAAAUGAUUUUAACAUGGCAGUGUUGAAGUGUUUUACAGAGAACCUAGACUUCACUGGGAUGGAGAUUGAUGUUGCUUUGAGACUGUUCUUGUCAUAUUUCAGGAUUCCUGGAGAAGCACAAAAGAUUGAAAGACUGAUGGAGAUGUUCUCUGAGCAAUACCUGUACUGUAACCCCACUGAUGACAAAGCUGCCAAAGACAAAAUCUUGAUUCUUGCCUUUGCUAUUGUCAUGUUAAACACUGACCUGCACAGUCCUAAUGUCAAGAAAAAGAUGUCAGAGCAGGAUUUUAUCAGAAAUCUUGAAGGUGCUAAUGAUGGGGGUAAUUUCCCUCCAGAGAGUUUAUCRGGGAUAUACAGGAGAAUAUUAAAGAAAGAAUUUACACCUGCAAGAGACCAUGUAACCAUGACAAUCAAGCUGGAAAAAAAGAUAGUUGGCAAGAUGCCAUGGACAUCCCUUGCAGCUCCUCAUCGAUACUUACGCAUGACAACCCAACUGUAUGAAGUACAAGAGCCUCACAAGAGAGACAAGAUACACACACGCAUUUUAUUUCUCUUUAAUGAUCUAUUGAUUGUGACAAAAGAAAGAGGCAAAUCAGGGCAAAGAGAUGGCUUUCAUUUCUACAGCUACAAAACGUCUUUUCCUCUCGUUGGUGUUAAAAUAUCUUUAUUCAAUAAUGACUAUUAUCUGUAUGGGAUUCAACUGUAUUCAAGAAUACAAAGCAAGAUUCUUGCAACAUUCAAUGCAUCUGAUGAACCAUCAAGAAAAAUGAUUGUGGAAGAGUUAAUGGAGUGUAUUGAUGAGACAAAUACAAUGGAAAGUGACAGAAUAACCACAGAAAAGCAGAAACAGUUUGUUGGUCGUUUUGAACGUAAUCCUGGUACAAUGACAUUGCCUCAUCCCAAGAAGAAUCGUGGCAAAGCAUUCCCAGCAGAUGAUACAAUUAGUUUAAAUGAAGAAUCCAUGUCAUCAGCAACUUUAAGUACCAGUAGUCUUGUCAAGUCCAGACAUUUGUCGAGCUCCAUGYUGAAUAUGAGUGAAGCAGAUAGUUCAUUYUCAUCAGAGUCUGAAGCAAUAAAACGAUGUAACAGUUCAUCAUCACUGGACAGUGCUUUUGUUGAUGGGGAUUCUAGUCGGUCAAAUAAUCCAUCGCCACAUAAUGAGUCUAUGGCUUCAGCAUCUGCUAAAGUUGGAAUUUUCAAGAAAUGGCGAAAACCUAAAACCCUGAGCCGUGGAGCAGGCAGCCCUCAGACAAUACAUAAAACUUUGAUUGAAUGAAUGUAAUAUUUUUUGGCAGCAUUCAAAAUUAUGAACGAUUUAAUAAUACUUCUGAAACAUCAGAACACAUUCUUUUUGAUUAUUUUUGUCAAAUUUUUGAGUAGAAAAAUCUAUUCUCAACUACUAAAAYCAGCAAGCCAUACAUCAUUUAAAAGCUUGUUAUUAGAUCAAAGACUAUGAUGAUAAAUGAAUAAGUUUUUUGGCAUAUAUUUUUUACAAGAAGCACCUAGAUGUAUCGAUCAAAAGAACAGCAACUUUUUUUGUUAAGUAAGUCAAAACUUUUCAGUGUCCAGUUGAUAUGUAAAACUCCAAACCCUUUGUCUGGCUUUAUUGUUUUUCAGUUUACCGUAAUUCAAAAGUUAAAUUUAAGCUCGUGUCACACACUAGGAUUUCUCCUGCAACUUGUCUCUCAAAAAAAUAUUUGCAGGUUGCACGAGCAUUUUUUAUGAUUGACAUYCCGCAACUAAGUAUUAAAACAUAUUUUUUUGCUGGGCCAAAGUAGAACCAACUUUUACUUUCUGAAAUAAUUUUAAAUUUGUAAAAAUGUACAUGUGACAUGGUCAUGCAACUUAUCACUUCACACAAUUAGAGCGUAGGAACCAAUUAGAAAGUGAGAAUUUGCAAAGUUGCUUGGAAUCGCUCGGAAACCAAAAUGUCAACUAUGUCAGGCGAUGAGGAAAGAUAUGGUGCUGCAGCAAGUACAUACAAAAAUAUUCAUGCAACUUAUAUCAWUCUUUUCGAAACAAAUUGAUACCAACAUUGUGCGUUUGGCAUGGUCGUGUGUAACCUGCAAACGUUUUUUGAGAGAUAAGCGUGUGACACGUUCAAAGCAAUAACUCAAAAAAUUAACUUAUAAACUGCUAAAUGCAUUUUAAAUUUUAGACAUUAAUCAAAAUUAGUCAAAAAAUGACUGAUUUCCUUUUAGUCAGAUCUAGCAAGCCAGACACAGUGGAUAAUUAUAUAGUUGAUUAACAAAAAGUUGUCGUCAACCGGUUUUCACGAAUCGCUACUAGCCAGAACUGGUUUCUGGGUAAAAAUCAAUGACCUGGCAAAUUAGAGAUUUGAACGCUUUUGUAAUAUUGGAAGAACUGAUACAUGAUGUUUGACAAAAUGCUCCAAAUCACAUGAAUUUAAUUAUGCAUGCUUUUUUUUAUGCAAUGAAACUGAAUUCAAAGGGCAAAAAAUGACGAAAAMAAUUUAGGGUAAAUUAAAAUACCAAUAUAUUUGUACUACACAAUUAAGUGUCAGGCUGCAGACAUUAUAUUGUGCAAAACAUUUUGUUACAAUUUUUUGUAAAUUAAAUCAUAAUAUAAGACAAUCCACUGAGUAAUGUUUUUUAUUUUAAUGGAAAAGGGUUUCUAACAGCACAAAAUAUGCUUUUUGUCAAACCAAUUGUAAGUUAUCCUUAGGGCAAAAGUCAUACAGCUUUAGGUUUUGUAUCUCCAUGAUUGGGAUUCAUUCAGAGUGAAGAAAUAGUCAACUUAAGAUAUUUUGGUUUGAUAGCUUUGUACAAAAGAAUGCGAGGCUCCGGGAAAACAAUAGAUAAUCUUGAUUUAUUCUUUUAUUUCCCCAGAGCCUUGUCUGCAAUUCUUUUGUGCAUGGUCACUGAACCAAAAUAUCUAAAGUUGGCUAUUAUACAUUACUUUGUAUUUCAACUAGUCCCAAGUUUUUAUUGUAAUGUAUGCCUUCAAUCAAAAUUUGUUUCAGCCAAUCAUUAUCUUGCAAGAAGGUUGACCAUAAAACAAUGGAUUAAACAUGGUUCUCUGUUAA